AUGAGUGACAAUACACGCCCAAUCCCUGUUCCUAAAGUUCUAAAUGCACUGAAUCAAGAUAGCAUUGAUCCCAAGGAUGUGUCCGUGGAAUCCAGCAAGACUGUUUCACCUUUGUCUCUUCUGUUGGGAGAACAAUCUUCACUUGUUGACAGACUUCCACCUACUGCCAAAAGGAUCAGUUCCAAAUCAAUGUCUUCUCCAGCCACUGAGCGGGCAAUAGCGUCUAUUGCCCCCAUGUUGCAAUCAUUCACUCCCAAGACUUCUGCUGAAGAUUCAGCAUCAAGACUAAACUCUACUUCGGUGUCGUCUGGUAACAACAGUACCGAAAAUGUCAAUGAAGGAGAAAAUGGCCCUGAUACACUUACAGUAGAGAAUCUUAUUCAGAAUACAGAACAACUCAAACUUGAUACUGGUAAACUUUUCAAAACCAUGUCCAAUACAUCAACAACUUCAAGAAAAUCCGUAUCUGUCAGUAAAGAUGUGGUGAACACAGCCCCUACUUUGCCCAAGAUAGGUAAGAUUGGAGUAUGUGCCAUGGAUGCAAAAGUGUUGAGUAAACCCUGCCGAAAGAUUCUCAAUCGUUUAAUUGAAAAUGGUGAAUUCGAUACCGUGAUUUUCGGUGAUAAAGUUAUUCUUGAUGAGCUGAUUGAAAACUGGCCCACUUGUGACUUUUUGAUUAGUUUCUUUAGUACUGGAUUCCCAUUAGAUAAAGCUAUUUCCUAUGUAAAUUACCGUCAACCAUAUUUCAUCAACGAUUUGGUGUUUCAAAAGGCAUUCUGGGAUAGAAGAGUGGUUCUUGCCAUUUUAGAACAUGCUAAUGUCCCAACCCCUAAACGUCUUGAAAUUAGCCGUGACGGAGGUCCACAUUUAGAUAACCUUUUAUUAACUAAGAUGAAAGCUAUAGGUAUCUCAGAUGAUUUCUUGGAAAAGUUAACCAAUCAAGCUGAACCAGAUUGGGAAAUGGUUGACGAAGAUACUCUUCGUGUUGGUGACCAAGUUCUUGAAAAACCAUUUGUGGAAAAACCAGUCGAUGGUGAAGAUCAUAACGUGUAUAUUUACUAUCCUAAGUCUACUGGUGGUGGUGGACGUCGUCUUUUCAGGAAAAUAGGUAACAAAUCGUCAGAAUUUGAUCCUAAUUUGACUAGCCCAAGAACGGAAGGUUCAUACAUCUAUGAAAAAUUUAUGGAUACUGAUAACUUUGAAGAUGUUAAGGCAUAUACUGUCGGACCUGAGUUCUGCCAUGCAGAAACGAGAAAGCUGCCUGUUGUUGAUGGUAUCGUUAGAAGAGACACUCACGGGAAAGAAAUUAGAUAUAUUACCGAAUUAACUCCAGAAGAAAAAACCAUUGCUCAAAAUGUUAGUUCUACUUUUAAGCAAACUGUAUGUGGGUUUGAUUUACUUCGUGUGAAUGGGAAAUCGUAUGUCAUUGACGUGAAUGGGUUCUCAUUUGUUAAGGAUAACAAUGAAUAUUAUGACAUGUGUGCCAAGAUUCUUCGUGAUUUAUUCAUUGAAGCCAAGAAAUCUAGAGAUUACCUUAAGACUACUAUUCCACCUUCCACGAAAUUACUUCACAAAUCUCAAUUUGAAGAAAAGGAGCAAAAAUGGAGAUUCAAAGGUAUGGUCAAUAUUAUUAGACAUGCUGAUAGAACACCUAAACAAAAGUUCAAGUAUUCUUUCAGAUCUCCAUUAUUUAUUUCCUUAUUAAAGGGCCAUCUUGAAGAAGUUAUCAUUAGAGCUGUGCCUGAUUUACAAGUUGUUUUAGAGACUGUGAAGAUUGCCAUUGAUAAACAAUUGGAAGAUUUAAAGAAGUUGAAACAAUUGCAAAAUGCUCUUGAAAAGAAGAUGAAUUUCCCAGGAACAAAGAUCCAAAUUAAACCUUCAUUGAACAAGGAAAAUCCUGAAAUUGUUGAUAAAGUCCAACUUAUUUUGAAGUGGGGUGGUGAAGCAACCCAUUCAGCAAGACACCAAGCUAUUGAUGUCGGUGACCAAUUACGUCAAAAUAUCAAAUUACUUAAUCGUGAUGCCCUUAAAGAAAUCAAGGUGUACACUUCUUCUGAGCGUCGUGUGAUCACCAGUGCUCAAUAUUCCACCAUGGCCUUGCUUGGUUUAGACCCUGAAACUGAAACUCUUGCUGAUGAUUUCCUUAUUGUGAGAAAGGAUUUGCUUGAUGAUUCCAAUGCUGCGAAGGAUCUCAUGGAUAAGGUUAAGAAGAAGCUCAAGCCCUUGCUUAGACAAGGUGCCGAAGCACCACCUCAAUUCACCUGGCCACCUAAAAUGCCACAACCAUUUGAGGUUAUCAAGCGAGUUGUAGAGUUAAUGAAUUUCCAUCAACAAAUCAUGAAUUACAAUUUUGAAACUAAAGAUGUUCAAGAAUUCCAGACCAACUGGUGUUGUGGUGAAGACCCGUUCUUGUUUAAGGAAAGAUGGGAUAAAUUAUUUCAAGAAUUCAUCAGUGUGGAAAAGACUCAUCCCUCCAAGAUUAGUGAAUUGUAUGACACAAUGAAAUACGAUGCCUUGCACAACCGUCAGUUCUUACAAAAGGUGUUUUCAUUUGAUCCUAAUGAUGAAACUUUAUUGACUAGAUUGAGAGAAACUUGUGGAGAUACAGUCAAUUCCUCAGGUUUAGUCAGUGAAUAUCCUAUCAAUAUCCUUGCCAUGAAUAAUUUCAAAAUCCCAACCCAAACUGCCACUGUUCCUACAUCAACUUCAGCUGGUUCGCUAGGCUGGGUUCUUCGUGAGGCUAGUAAUUGUGCCCAUGAACCCAGCACCCAAGAAUCAUCAUCACCUACAAAAUCUCCAACUUCAAGCAAAGCCCCACAAAACCCAUUUGAUCAUCCAACCUUUGCCAGACUCCGUGAACUUUAUCGAUUAUCCAAGGUAUUAUUCGACUUUAUAUGUCCGCAAGAAUACGGAAUCAAAUCCGAAGAAAAGCUUGAUAUUGGUCUUCUUACUUCAUUGCCGCUUGCCAAACAAAUCCUUCUGGAUAUCCAAGACAUGAAGAAACAUCCUAAAUCCGCCGCUGUGGUCAACUACUUCACCAAGGAAUCACACAUCUACACCUUGCUUAACGUAAUUUAUGGCUCGCAAUUACCCAUGAAGAUUGCCAGAAAUGCCCUUCCUGAAUUAGACUACCUCCUGCAAAUCGCAUUUGAAUUGUAUGAGGCUGAUGAUCCAACUAGUUUAUUCGGAAAGAAGCAUUCUAUUAGAUUAUUGCUUUCUCCAGGUUGCCACACUCAGGAUCCAUUGGAUGUGCAAUUGGACGACGAUCAUUAUAUUGGAUGUAUUCCUCGUUUGAGUUUGACGAGACAUUUGGACAUGGAUAUGGUUACUCAACGAUUGAAGUCGAGAUUCACCAGAGUUAGUUUACCAAAGACUUUUACUCCUGUAAAUAUCCUGAGUCCUGUUGUUAAUCCAAAAGAUAAUUAA